GGAAGUCCAGACCAUAAUUUGUUUUAGCUAAUCUCAUGAAAUUUAAAUAUAAUUACAUGUCUUUGCAGAAGGAUGUGUUCUUAAUCAGCUCAAAUGCCAUGCGCUAUAAUGCCCCAGACACAAUCUACUAUAGACAGGCUCGAUCCAUCCAUGAGCUUGCCAAAAAGAACUUUGAGAACUUGCGACAGGAGAGUGAUGACAGUGAACCAGAACUAAAGAUGGUUGUAAGGAAAGGGAGACCACCAAACAAAAAUAAACGGCCUGUUGGUAGACCUCCUGAGCGUGCUACUUCAGAUUUCUCCCCUGAUUCAACACUUGCUAAUGCUGGGGAUGGUACUCAGUGGUCUAACAUGACACAUGAUUUGUCAAGAAAAGGAUCGGUGGCUGAUCAGUCUGGCAUGAUGGCUUCCCAUGGCCUUCGCAACACUGACACGUUCAGUUGGAUGGGUGAGCAAAAAUCAGAGAGAAAUGAAGAAUAUUCAGGAUUUAUGUUUAAAGGGAUUUCAACAAAAUAUGGAAGAAACUCACUGUUAUAGAUGAAAAUCGUCGCAACACAUAUAAGCAGUCCCUGCAAUUUACAUCUGUACAUGAGCCACCAGUACUGACUAUUUUUGAUGGGGAGAAGAAACAGCUAGUGCCUGUUGGGCUACGCAUGGAGUAUUCAUAUUGAGAAGUUUGGCUCGGUUUGCUCAAAUCUUGGUCCCAUUGGCUGGGCCAUUGCUGCCAAGAAGAUUGAAAG